UGCUUCUUCAACUCUGAUCAUGACCCAAACUAGGCAUGUCGACCCCCAGUCGCCGAACUCAUCAGGGAUGUUGGACCUGCAAAGCCCGCCGUCGAAAGUGUGACCGUGCUCGCCCGACGUGUCAAGCUUGCAGGGACCGCGGACUCGCAUGUGAGGGUUAUGAAAUCCGCCUCCAGUGGGGGACUGGGAUUGCUUCGCGAGGCCGAUUUACCGGCGCAGAUGCGCCAGUUCAGUCGUCGAUUCCGCCGAGGGUUCAAGGUCGCCAGCGGGAUCGGAGUCGAGAAAGAAGACGGCAGUUGCAGGUUGCAGAUCAACUACCCGGGAACUUAUCUGCGCCUGGAAUUCAGGCGGAGGAAAGUAGAGAUGUUGACGUUAGCCCGUUGCAAUCGGAGGCUUGGAAGUCCAGACAUGAUGCAGGGUUGUUCAAUGACUUCCUUUCUUGGGGAAUCAACAUCUUGCACUCCACCACGGUCCACGACGGGGAGACCCCGCUCAAAUUGCGACUUCCAACACUCUGUCAGCAAUCUGAAGCUCUGUAUCGAAUAUGCGUCACUCUUCAGGUUUCACUACGGUCGGACAUGAAGUCUCAUUUUUUUGAGUACUUCGACGCGGCCUUGAACAACUUCCGCAGCGAGUUGGCUCAAAGUGAAGCAUACUUGAAGGAUGGCACACUGACUGCCGGACUGCUGUUAUGUACUAUUGGAGUUACGCAGGGAAUACCGUGGACGAUGCAUCUGCGGGGGAUGUACAACAUCCUUCAGUCACACGGCUCUGAACAGCCACGUGACCAGACUCAUGGCUUCCGUGCGCAUUUAUUAGAGGUUAUGGGGAUCAUGGAUCUCCCGACAUUCGCUAUCGGUAGGCAAUGCCCGUAUUUAGGAUUCUGGAGACGGUACUGUCGCAAUCGUUCCACGGCCGACUUAUCCGAAGUGUAUGAUGUGGAGGUUGUGAGUGGUUUACCACGAUCCUUAGUCGAUAUAUUCUCGUGCGUUGGUGAGGGCGCAACCGAAGAAGAUUUCUGGAAUUGGCCUGGGGCUGAAGGAACCUUUUCGCAGUGCCAGCUGUGGGAAGCAUAUCGGUUGGCUGGGAUGUUGGUAGUGCGACAUGGUACGCUCCGGCUGCCGUUAGACAUCACAGUUCCCACGGCACAGCUAACGCAAAGUCAAAAUCGAUUGGGGCUUCCUACGACAGCGGUAAUCAUCACGCGACUUCUGAGCUGCAUUGACGCCGUUUGGCGAGUGUCAUUAGAAGCCGAGGCAAAGGAGAAGUUUACCAUCAAUGCCAUUCCCUAUCCUGUCUUCGUCGCCGGCUUGCAGACCGCCGUUCUGGAUAAGAACCCAGGCCUCAGGGAGUUCGUACGAAAGAUCCUGGCUGUAACCGGCGAGGGGCCGUUCUGGAACAGGCAGUAUCGACUUCUCUUAAACCUGCUGGAAGAAUACUGGACAUACCCUAGUGACACCGUUAGCAUCCAUGAGCUCGCACAGUUAAAAGAGAUCGAGGUUGGGCUAUUCUAA